GAGCGCAACCUGCCUGAGUUCUCUCUUCUUCUUUUUUUUUGGAAAGCAAAAUGGCGACAGUGUAAACGAGGGGAAGACGGGCAAACGGGCGUGAAGUGCAAUGACAACCCGGAGGAUACGACUCGUCGUCGUGAGAUUUCUUUCUUUGCAGUUAUUGGGGUCACAAUGACGGAAUUUGGAGAAGCCCCAUUUUGUCCCCCUGACGCGUAGGGCAAGCGCCAGUGAGAAAACAACGUUCGAUACUGUGGCAGCGAACAGGACACAAGGCCCCACCAACUGUGCUGCCAUCACGGCUUGGUGUGUUUCCUCAGAGCCAUGCGGUGGAAGCGGCGCUUUGGCGUAAACUCAUUGUAUCGGAGCUAUGUCGGAUCUGAGACGAAAUGCACGAGAGGACAAAGACGUGCAGUGGCUGUCUGACAGCCCAGGUCGAACUCAGGAGCCAUUACAGAGUCACACAUUCUCCCCAAAGAACAAUGCUGCAGGUCUGUCCUCGGAUGAACACGAAAACCUUUUAAAUGGAACCCAGCCGAAUCCAUUUGUAUACAGCGGGGGCCCCGCUGUUCCCCAUGCAGGCAAUUCAUUGCCUUCAGGAGCACUUGUUAAUGGACCUGGUUCACACCCCACCUCAGAGGUACACUGUGUCCUGAACAAAGGCACUGUUUUAUCCAACAAUGUCCUGGAUGCCGCGUGGCAAGCGGGGACGGACACGAGCCCCGAGGUGUUACCACCACCUAGUGAGCUUCAAUCAGACGCUUGGAAGAACACAGCGGGGCCCGUCUUGAAAACACUGGCCACACAGCCAGGUGUCAACACGCCACUGUCUCACUCGGAGGAGAACGAGUCCAAACUGGCCUGUCCCGCUCCGUCGGGUGCAGGUGGCGCGGAGCAAAUGCACAUUAGCCAACCCUUGACAAAGCAGACCACGAAAACAGGAUCUCGCCGGGACGUGGAACGGUCAGGGAGCUCCUCGGAUGAUCACGAGGACGCCGAGGCGGUCGGGUGGGAUUCAGCGAGCGAGCGCUUCUUGCACAAUGACAGAAGGCUGGAGACCAGAGUGAUGCACCGGGGGGACAGGAAGCACAACACGCAUGCAAAAAGCAUGUCAGCCUCUCUGAAAAAGGUUAACAGCAGCUUAAACCACACACACAAACACGCCUGCUUCUGCAGCGAUGCUGGAAACGUUGACGUCGCCAACCAGACUGAUGCUGGGGCUGCCCGAUCUGGUUUUAAAAACUCUGCAGUGCCACUCAAGGGUCUCUCUAGGAACACAGAGUCAGACUCGUGGGACGUUAUUUAUAGCACGGCGGCACAGGCAGGCCGUAAUGAGCAGAAUGACCCUGAAGGUGAAGACAAUUGCACCUCUAAAGAAGAACGUUUGAGGAUGGAAAAAGUCCAACGAGAUCCACUUUUCUUUUCAUGCACAACAUGCAAUGUUAAUUUCAAGCAGAGGAGACAUUUCCAUAGACAUAUGAUGUAUCAUUUAAGCAAGCAUAAUCAGGUGAACGUCUCGCACCCCUUUAUAUGCAGGGAGUGUGGGCGUUUGUUCUGUGAUCGCAGCGCCCUCAUGAGACACGUCAUUAUUCACAGAGACAGGCUAGGAAAAAUCCUGGGGGGAGUCGAAGAUCUCAAACACCCCGUGUUGGAAGACGGGGCGGGCGCCACAGUGCGUUGCCCUCGACGCCCAGCAAUCUCCGUCCAGCACGCCAAAACGCGCGACAAUCUCAAACACUACUACUUCUGCGAGGAGUGUAACUACAUAACGCUGACACAGCAGGCACUCGAAGCACACUUGGACACGCACAGGCCCCAACACGGGGAAAUGGCUCGGGCUAAUGAGGCCGAGGCAGCGGGUCGUGUCCGCUAUCAUUUCUUCACGAGCAGAGACAACGUAGCGUUGGAAGGACGUUGCGAGCUGGAGCGCUUCCGUUGGCUCGGUAAUUGCCAAAAGGUCGCCGACCGGCCCGAUCCAAAUCUGCAUAGGUCGACUGGGGAAAGGCCCCAUUUCUCCCACCGUUCUGGUAAAAAGGGGGACGACACAACUGUAAACGCAGCUCCGCUUAGCGGCCGUGUCGGCUGCACCGAGAACACGCCGCCGCCGUCUGUGUGGAGGGUCGACAGGCAUGGAAAAUUACUCCUGCAGACGGCAGCACAAUCAGAUGCGGCAAAAGAUCUCACCUGCGUGGAGGAGCACAAUGACUGCGAGGCCUUUGGCAGCUCAAAGCAGGCAACCUGUCCUGCGCCCCCCGAUUUCUUACCGUCAGCAGGAAGUCCUACAUUAGUUCAGGAGCUCCGUCAGGGUGGAGUAAGCGACCAUGGGCUACACGUGCAGGCAAACCCAAAUGAUCCGUCUUUGGGAAAAAGGUCAACGCCCCUGCAAAGCACCAUUGCCCAUGUCAAUGGUGGCGUAUCGGCUCGGUUUAGCCAAAGGUUCAACAAACUGCCUGCGAAUAAGGAAGCCGAAAAAGGCCGCAAGGGCAGCAGCGAUGACACGCGCAGCGCCGCCGGCCGCUUCUUGGAAAGCGGGAACGCGAGGAACCCGUACGCUCGGAGGUAUUUCACAAAGAGGCACAGGUAUUCAGCCGAAGACCAAAGCCCUCGCGUGCUCAAGGAUGAAGAGGAAGGAGGUGAAGACUGCAGUGACAUAGAGCAGCUCAUAAUCAAGGAGGAGCUCAUGGACACGGCGGCGUGUGACGAUUGCCCACAGUCGCCGCCCCGUAUGUCGACGGGGGACACCUUUGACGUCUUCCCCACACCGGCGCUGGAACACAAGCGCUGUCCCUACUGCCCGGCCACGUUCGAGUCGGGUGUGGGCCUGUCGAAUCACGUGCGAGGACACCUCCACAGGGUCGGCUUGAGCUACAACGCCAGGCACGUGGUCCCGCCGGAGCAAGUGGCUCUGCAGGACCAUCAGCCACGUACCCGCAGAAGGAUCCCCAGAGGCACGAGGAGAAUGAUUAAAGGUGUUAACCCAGAAACCCAAGCAGAGCACAAAUGUCCACUGUGCAGGGGUUGGUUCGAUACGAAGACCGGCCUUACUAACCACGUGAGGGGACACCUGAAGCGAAUCGGUACGAGUGUCGCCAGCACCGGCAAGUCCCCGCUGUGCAUGCUAAAGGAGCUGCUUCGGGGCAAAAAGGAACAUCAGAACACCCUCCAGGUCCUCGACAAGAGAAAACCCCCGUCGCGCAUCAGCAGCGACGGGCUGAUCCUCAUGCACAUGGGCGUCCCAGUGAAAAUCCAGUUGGACAUGAGGAGUCCACGUGCCACGGACAGCUUGGAGGCCAAACAGGAGCCAGAGGCCUUCUCUGAUAGGAGGCUUCAGGUAGAAGCACAGCGAGGCCCCGAGGCCUCCUCCAGCACUUUAGUUGAACUGCUCGGGGUGAGACAGCGACGCAUGGAGCUGUCGGCGGGAAGCAAACAGGAAGACUGGAAACCCAGUGAUUUCACCAAAGACUACACGCAGGCACCAGACUGGGCUCAUGAGCCAUGUGAUGCGAGUAAGCUUUGUAUUCCGUGUAACGGCGCUGUCCCCGGGCUCCCAGGUCAUCUUCGGGCCUACGCACACAGGAAGAGGAUGGCCUUGUUUGAAGGACCCGGCUGCGAUUAUAAGCCCAAGAAGCCGAGGCCUGGGCUAAAGAAAGGCGUGCUACCCUCCCUGAAUGCUGAGAACUACACGUUCACCUGCAGGUUCUGCGACCUCGUCUUCCAGGGUCCCCUGUCUGUCCAGGAGGACUGGAUCAAGCACCUACAGCGGCACCUUCUGCACACCGGCGUGCCGCACUCAGGGACCGGGAUGGUGGAGGUUCUGGGUCUUCGUCAUGACGUACACAUGAGUAUCUGCCGUGACUAGAGAUUUACCCCUCGAGAACCUCCAGCUACCUGAAUUUGCACUUUGUUUGAUGGAGAUUGUUUUAGAUUAGUCCUGCAUCUGUUUUUAGGAAUAUACAAGAGUUAAUCCAGACAAUUUAAUACUAGUAUUAUAUUGAUAAUAUUAUAUAUGUAUUAACCAAUAGUUUAUGUUGGAUAUCUAUGCUUAGCCUAUAAACUUAGCUAAUCCCACUUUUGGGCUUUAUCUUAUUGACUGGUCUACUGAAGCUGGUCUGGCAGUGCAGACCUGCCAUUGUUGUAAAAACAUUGGUCCCCAGGAUCUGUCAUGAUAAAGAAAAGUGCCUUUUUAAAAAGCAUGUUCAAAUGACAAAACUUCCAAGGAUUUCAAUUUCGUGUAACCUUUUAAUGUCAAAAGCAGAACAUUUCUCAUUAUAAAAAGAAACAUUUCUCAAUAGCUUACUCUCUUUUGCCAGAGAAUCUAUUUUUUUUGUCACAACAACAAAAGCUAAAAGGAGCAUGCAUAUAUUGGCAAAACGCACAAGCAUUUCAAUUGAGUUCACGCCUCGCUUUCUUCUGGAGACGACAUCAAAUCAAACGGCGCUCUCUCCCGUUGUGGAGCCGUGCGCGCGGGGCUGUCGUUAGCUGCCGGAUGCUUUGUGGGAUUUCACCUCCCUGCGCCUGAAUCAGAGCGAGCAUCUCUCUUAAUCAAAGCGACAUUCAUUAUGUUGGGACAGCUUGUUCUGUCACUGUUCUCCUGCUUAACCUUCACCCAUCAGCGCAAGUUCUGAAAUCCGGCUCUCAUUACAGCCGCGAUAGCAACGUCUUUUUAUAAUGAGGAAUACUCUCUAGUAAUAACCACAAGCGUUGCCGGGUUAUAACAACAACGUGUUGUAGGAAUUAUCUUUUCGUCAUUGCGGCAGCUCUGUACAUCCCAAAGCUUGGAAAUCGGUCGUUCUUGGUUGGGUUGAUUUUUAUUUUGUUUUUUGUAACAAUGGAGAAGUUCUUUUCAAAACACAGCCACACUUUAUAUUAUUAUAUUAGUCAAACUCCCCAAUUCCGAUCACAAUUAUUUUGGUUUAAAGUUCAAAAUUAGAAAGUAAACAUUAAUAUGUACUAUUGCAACAACAUGAAUGUUUGUGUUUCAGUAAAGCAAUGUAACGUUAGAAUGAAGGAUUUAAGUAAAUGAAAGAAAUAAUAGCUUUUAAUGAACAGAUGUUAUUGUUGGUCAUAUUCAACUUUUUUUAAAUGUGUAGACGUGUAGUGAGCCCUAACACAAAAAUAAGAAUUCCCAUAAAAUAUCUUACUUCCCUACUCAGGCUUGAAGGUUUUUAGACUUUCAGAUUCUGAUACACUUUGUAGAUGUUUGUAUAGAAAUCAGUGACAUUGAACUUGCAUGAUUUUAAAGUAUCAUUAAAUUAAAACAACUAACCAUAGCCAUGUAAACUAAAGCAUUUAUUAGUGAUGCCCUGCUAAGUUCAGUCCAACGUGUAAUGCAGGACAGACAUCGACCGGGGCCCGUUUCGUAGAGAGGAGAUCCAGAACUGAGCCGAGGGCGGCAUCGGACUCGCCGGGGAUUCUGCUGAGAUUAUUCAAGCUGUGUUGGUGGAGCAGACCAAAGGUUUGGCUCCAGUCAGCGGCCUGGCCGAGAUUUGGAAAACAAAAAGCUUAAUUUGCAACCGAACAGAGAGCCAAACGCCGUCGGCCAGCCGAGGUCGGGGUGAACAAGAGGGCUGGUGAAUUCAUAGUUGAAGGAUGGCUGCGCUGAAUUUCUGAUUGAUAGAUUUUCAUUCUUUGGGUUUUUGUUUUGGAAAGUCAUUAUGGGGAGCCAAUGAGACACGUCGGAACGACGAGGACACUUCCCAUUGUCCCUCCCUUGUUUAUGAUGUUUUUCUGUUUAAUUCCGUUAUAUCUGUAUGAGAAUAAGAAGUCAUAUGUUGAUGUGAAUAAAUGAUCAUAAUGCUUCCUUCAGUAACUCUUGGAUGUGAUAGGUGCUAACUGAGGUAAUGACUCCACUUUUGCUGCUCCGGCCAGGUCUCCUCACUCUCUCCUGGUUGUAGUGAUGUCCGUAGUGAUGUCCUUUGCUCCAGGACACGAGGACCAGAUGGAACUCUGGUUUGAGGUUCUAAAAGUGCCACAAAAACAAAUACAUUAGAAAAACCCAACAGGGAUGUCUGUUUUUCACAAGCUGCUGUCCAGAGUGCUUGUUGUGAGCACCAAAACAAUGUAGGCUGAUAAAUGUCCAUAAAGUUAGGGUGUGUUUAGGUUUUUGGUGUGAACUGUCCCAAGAAAAGACAAAGAUAAUACUACUACGGCAAUAGAGGAUAAACUGUGACAUCUUAAGAAGAACUUCAGACCACGAUUGAGUAUUUCAUGCCCCUCUGCCAUAGACUUUGGACAAGAAGUGGACGUAGUUAACGUGAUGUCGGAUUGAUUGGAUUGUGGACUCCCGUUAUGAGGCCUCCAAUUUGCAGAUUUUUAUCAUCGCCAUCUUGAAUUACGGACCUGGCCUUCUUGACUUUUUAACGGCUGAACGGAAGUCACUACAUUUGAAAUGCAGAGGAGUGAUGCAGAGAUGCCGUACAGGGCUCUGGUAUAGCCAAAGCGACCUGUCAGUCACAGUGAUCCCGCCCUCAAACAGGAUUUACUAAAUGAACAUCAGGAAGACUGAAAACUAGUAACUGAGACCAUAAUGUAUUGUGCAAGUUGUUCACCUAUGUAAUAAAUCAAGUUAGAAGUA